AUGGUUGAGAGAGAACAAGAAAAGGCCGAGACAAUCACCACCAAGAAAAGAAAAUCAGACGAAGCCCCCAAACAGCCUGCAUCCAAGAAAACGAAGGGAUCAACGACGGCCAAGUUAGAGAACUCACAAGUUGCAAUGCCGCCUCCAAAGCCCCUGGGAAACUUGAAAGGAAAGUACGCCAUCGAAACAUUUUACCCCUGCUGCGAUGACGAGUCUCAACGGAACCACGAAGAAUUCUGCAGCAUAGUCCUCUCCCCAGGAGACGGUGGGACGCUGCGUGGUUAUCUCGGUUUGGGCCGAACGAACUACACAGCACUCUUCAUCUUCGAUAAAUGCCCAACAGACGCUUCGACUCGCAAGGUGCCAUUCACAUGGCGCGGCAAGAGAACAUCCAAAAAGUUUAAAAUAUUCCGGGGCGACAAAAACUAUGGAUGGGCGAAGUUUCUCGGGGAUGGAAAGAUCGAGAUUUCUUUUGAUAAGUUAAAGCUCGACCUCGUGGCCCAGAAAGGUCGGGGUAUCGGCGAAAGGGGCAAGCAUAAUGCAGCAGCGUUUUGGGACGACUGGCAUGAGUUGGACGAGGAAAGUCUGGACUUGCUUGAUAUUGACAGAUUGAUACAUGAUUGGUAA